AUGACACAGCCAUAUCGUAUCCAAUUUUCUCGCUCGACAGAGUCAAGGCGUUACUAUUUAGGUAUCCCUCGUACAAGCAGAGAACUUGAACUAUUACUAGGAAACGCGAAUAAAAACACGCGUGUUUCUGAAGAAGAUGAUCCUGAAGCAAUAUUAGAGUGCACCCGAGAAGAAUGGGAGUUAUCGACCGAAAUACCGCUUAAAGAAGAGCAACUUUCCGGUGAAAAGGCCGCUACAUUUACAACAAUCCGUCCUGCUAAGGGUGAAGAGGAGGAAUGCAGUGGAUUUAGUGAAGAUCCAAAAGCAAUUCAACCACUACCAGAAUAUAAGGGGGAUAUAAUUACUAAUGCAGAGCUCUUUGUUCAAAAAGAGAAUGAUAGCACAGAGAGAGUACUGCAGGAGAAAGAGGAAGAAGGCAGUACACAUGGUUAUAAUACUGAGGCGACUGCAGAAAUAACGGAGUCCGCCCAAGAUAUAUUGAUUGAGUAUACGAGAUCCAGGUUCGCUUCACGAAAACGAAAGAGGAGUGUAGACGAUGGUGCUGGGACGGAGGCCGAGGAUUUUUAG